AUGGGCAAAUCACUGGCUCACUCCUCGCUCCACUCUUUUCCCUCAUCAUCUUCUUCAACUUCAUCAUCUUUUUUAUGUCCCAUAACUGUAUGCUCUUCUCUUCACACUCAAUUGCUUACAAACUCAGAAAUCUCAAUUCUUUUCUCAGUUUCCUCUUGUUCUUCCAAGCUCCAAUUCAUUCAACAACACUCCACUGCCACAACUACAACACUAAAGCAUCCAAUUUUGCUCUUCACUGCCCUUGAUACGCCCCCUGUUGACGCCCAAUCCUUUCUUGCCACUGUUAGUGUCUUGGCUGCCACUGCUCUCUCCCUAUUUCUUGGCCUCAAGGGGGAUCCUGUUCCUUGUGACAAGUGUGCUGGAAAUGGUGGUACCAAAUGUGUCUUCUGCAAUGAUGGUAAGAUGAAAAUGGAAACAGGGAUAGUUGAUUGUAGGGUCUGCAAAGACGCUGGUUUGAUGCUGCGUAAGAAGUGCGGAGGUUCCGGGUAUGCAAGACGUUUGUAA